AUGUUGUACAUUGGUAUAAAAAAGAUACUUUCAUAAAGGCUUAUAAUUACUUUAUCCAGCCAAUACCUAACAUGAAAAUGUGGCCUCACACUAGUGAUAUAGUGAUUGAGCCUCCUGAACCAAAGCAAAUGCCUGGCAGACCACCAAAAUGCAGAAGAAAGUCAAAGGAUGAGCCAAGAUAGAAGUAUGGAAAGUUGUCCAGGAGAGGUGUAAAAAUGACUUGCUCCAAGUGUCAUCAACAAGGCCACAAUAAUAAAGCCUGCAAAUAUGUGCCUGGAAGCUCAAGCCAACCUGCAAGCUCAAGCCAACCUGCUAGCUCAAGUCAGCCUCAAAGCUCAAGGCAACCUACAGGUUAUAGCCAGCCACCAAGCUCAAGUGUAGGUUCUAGCCAGCUACCAAGCUCAAGGAAACCAACAAGUUUUAGCCAACCACCAAGCUUAGGCCAACCUGUAGGUUCUAGCCAGCCACCAAACUGGAGACCAUCACAACAUGUCAGCUCAGGCCAACAAUCAACUUCUAUUUGUGAUGAUACUUCAAUUGUUAGAAGAGUUCAACAAGCUGGAAGAGGCAGGGGAAGAGGCAGAGAAAGAGGCAGGGGAAAAGUCGGGGGGAGAGGAGGUGAUGAUACUUCAACUGUUACAGGAGGGCAACAAGCAGGAAGAGGUGAAAGAGUUGUUACUCCAGCUGUUUUCAAGUGUGCAACACCAACAAACAUUGAUAUUGGUUAUAAGCCUCGUGGGCUGAAAUGGAAGGGUAAAGAUGCUAUCACCAUUCCACAAUUACAACGCAUGAGUAAGUCCAAAGGGGGUGGAUCUGCAAACGUCUAG